AGAGGUUAGUCUCCUUGUGUUUAGGAGGCGGCCGCGUGCGCGCGCGAUGCUGUCAAGUGCCAACGAUCGUUUAGUGGGUUUUUUAGCGUGUUAGCUUCUCCAUUCCCAUUCAGCCCAUUUUGUUGGAGUCUCUGAAGCGGAAAGAUCGCGUCCAUGCUAUUAAGAGGUUAAUUGUUAGCGCGACAUGGAGGGUUUUCCUCCGGAAAGCGAAAGGAUGGAGGCUUGGCUCGACGACCAUCUGGACUUCGCUCACUCGUACUUCGUGCGAAAAGCGAACCGGGAAAUGGUCAAUGCUUGGUUCGCUGAGCGUGUGCAUUCCAUCCAGCCAUCCCGUGAAGUGUCCAAGUCACUUACAGACGGCUCCAAAAUUCAUCCAGAAACAAGUAACCUGACUGCUUCAGGUUCCACAGAUAACCCUUCAUCCAGUCCAGUUCCAUCUACACCCACACGCAAGAUCUCUGCGUCCGAGUUUGAUCGGCCACUACGGCCUAUCGUAGUGAAGGACGCAGAGGGCUCGCUCACCUUCCUCGGAGACACAGAACGGGUGCCCAUGCCACCUCCAGCUCCUUCGCACAAGCUGGAGCAGACAGGGGGGGACCGUUGCGCCCGUCUUCUCGAGCUUGUGCGUGAUGUGUCCAGCCACUUAGACCUGACAGCGCUCUGCCAUCGCAUCUUUUUACACACACAUGAGCUAAUCGCGGCUGACCGCUACUCACUGUUCUUGGUGUGUGAGGACAGCUCCAACCGUAAGUUCCUGGUUAGCCGGCUGUUUGAUGUUGCCGAAGGCUCCACACUUGAGGAAGCAUCUAACAGUGGCAUUCGCCUGGAGUGGAACAAAGGCAUUGUAGGACACGUUGCAGCCACAGGCCAGCCUCUAAACAUUAAGAAUGCCUACGAGGAUCCUCGAUUUAAUGCAGAGGUGGACCAGAUAACCGGCUACAAGACACAGAGCAUCCUGUGUAUGCCCAUAAAAAAUCACAGAGAUGAGGUUGUUGGUGUGGCACAAGCAAUCAAUAAGAGGUGUGGAGAGAACAGCACCUUCACGGAACAAGAUGAGAAGGACUUUUCCUCCUACUUGGCAUUUUCUGGGAUUGUCCUGCACAAUGCACAACUCUAUGAGACAUCGCAACUUGAGAACAGAAGGAAUCGGGUGUUGUUAGAUUUGGCCAGCCUUAUUUUCGAAGAGCAACAGUCUUUGGAAGUCCUACUGAGGAAGAUUGCAGCCACCAUCUUGUCUUUCAUGCAGGCUCAGGAAUGCACUAUAUUCAUUUCUGAUGCUGAAACGUCGAAUGGUUUCUCCAGUGUGUUCCACAUGGAGUACGAGGAGCUAGCUGGAUCUGUGGACUAUCCUAACAGAGACAGUGAUGCAAGUAAGAUCAACUACAUGUAUGCUCAGUAUGUGAAGAACACCAUGGAGCCACUGAACAUUCCUGAUGUCACAAACCUGAUGUCUGAUCAGCGAUUUCCUUGGAAUAGUGAAAACCCAGACUCCCCAUCCUACCAUGUGAAGAGUUUGUUGUGCACACCAAUUAGGAAUGGAAAGAAGGAUAAAGUUAUAGGUGUUUGCCAGCUGGUCAACAAGAUGGAUGAAUCUACGGGUGAGGUGAAGGCCUUUAAUCGGAACGAUGAGCAGUUUCUCGAGGCUUUUGCUAUCUUCUGUGGGCUCGGCAUCCAGAAUACUCAGAUGUACGAGACUGUGGAGAGGGCCAUGGCCAAGCAGGAAGUUACGCUUGAGGUUCUUUCUUAUCAUGCCUCCGCUGGGGAGGAGGAGACACGGGCGCUCGAGGUAACUGCGACAGCCACUAUUCCCUCAGCUCAGUCUCUGAGGCUACUAGACUUCAGCUUCAGUGACUUUGACCUGUCUGAUGCUGAGACCACCCAUGCCACUAUUCGCAUGUUUGUGGACCUCAAGCUUGUGCAGAAUUUUCAGAUGAAGUACAAGAACCUGUGUCAGUGGAUCCUGAGUGUGAAGAAGAACUACAGAAAGAAUGUGGCCUACCAUAACUGGCGGCAUGCCUUCAACACGUCUCAGUGCAUGUUUGCCAUUCUCAAAUCAGGGAGGUUACAGAACAAUCUGAAUGAUUUGGAGAUCCUGGCCCUGAUGAUUGCAACUCUGUGUCACGAUUUAGACCAUAGAGGUGUCAACAACUCCUACAUCAAGAGGAGUGACCAUCCUCUAGCUCAGCUCUACUGCCACUCUAUUAUGGAGCACCACCACUUCGACCAGUGCCUCAUGAUCCUCAACAGUCCAGGCAGUCAAAUCCUAAGCGGUCUUUCACUGGAUGAGUAUAAAACUACACUGAAGAUGAUUGAAAAAGCUAUCUUGGCCACUGAUCUGGCCCUCUACAUGAAGAAAAGAACUGAGUUUUUUGAACUAGCAAAGAACAACCAGUUUCAUUGGGAGGAUGAUCAUCACAGAGAUUUGCUAAGGUCCAUGCUAAUGACUGCAUGUGAUAUAUCUGCUAUUACCAAACCCUGGCCUGUACAAAAGAGGAUAGCUGAGCUUGUUGCCACAGAAUUCUUUGAGCAAGGGGACAAGGAAAGAGAAGAACUGAACAUUGAACCUAUUGAUCUGAUGAAUAGGGAAAAGCGUGAUAAGAUUCCCAGCAUGCAAGUGUCUUUCAUCGAUGCCAUUUGCGCACAACUGUAUGAGACACUAGCCAGUAUGUCGGAUUUCUGCUCCCCCCUACUGGAAGGCUGCAGGAAAAACAGGCAGAAUUGGAAGCUGCUUGCUGAACAGGCUGAGGAGGCGGGCUUACUGAAUGGAGGACUUUAAAUGGCGCAUCCCAGUCAGCACAAGAUUACCCCUUUCCCUUGCCCCAGGUCCUUCUUCAUACCACACACCACACCCUGAAGCUUUAAAUACUUUCCAGUCCUGAUUCCUGCUAUGAUGAGUUCACCAAAACCACUAUGGAGCGAAAAUGUAAUUUUACCUUUGGGAUGUAGCUGAAUCAUAUUGGUUCCAUGUCGCUUUGGGGUGGGGGUGAGGGAAUAAAACACUAAAGCAAUAUGGUUUUAAGUACAGACAUAUUCUGAGUCACUUAUGUGUUUGUUACUUUUAACAACAACAAAAAAUCACACACACUCUUGUUUUUGGUAAAGAAGAGGUUAUGCUUUAUGUUGAUAUCCUGCUUUGAAAGUAAAUAUUUUUUUGCCUGUCUAGUCACUGAAACUCGUGCUAAUUGGGCAUUUACCAGCAAAUGCUUCCGUUUAAAGUCACUGACUUGGUGUGAGUAAAAUAGCUAUUACUUGCUUGGACCUUUUUAGGUAAUCUUAGAUGAUGGGAGCUGGUGGGGAACAAAAGAUUAUAAUCUUUUUUUAUAGUCACUCCAAACCCAAAACUUUUGUAUACUGUAGAUGUCCUCGCAUAGACGCUAUCUAUGCGAGGACAUCUACAGUAUACAAAAGUUUUAUUUAUUGUUUUAGUCCCAUGUCAGGGUUUUCUGUAAGCUCACUCACUGAAAAGAAGCAGAGGCACAAAGAAAAUAAUUUAUUCAUCACUACAGUGCACCGUACAACUGAGGUAAUAUUCUCAACUUUAAAGGAACACAUCCACUUCAGAUAUGUAGAAGAAUGUCAUUUUCCUUUUCCCACAUCGUGUUACUGUUUUCACUUGUGUUUCGUAUAUUUAUUAACUUUAUAUUGUGAGAAUUUGGUUACUUAACAUGUAACUCUUGCAUAAAAGUAAGGAAGGAAAAUAUAUAUAUUUAAUUGUUCAAAAAUA